AUACUUUUAAAAGCCCGGCAGAAAGAUCCGCGUGUUUUGAUGGGGUUUUCUAGUUGAUGCUUUUCUUGUAAAGUAGGUAGUUAUGGCAUUUGUAUUGCUUGCGGCCAUGCAUUUUGGCUUAGUUCUUGCAGAACCAUCUAUGAAGCCCAGUUCUAUCAGCUCAGUGACUGUAUGGCCAAAGACACUAUUUCCCAUUGAAUUAGGACAAACUGUUACGUGGGUGUUUAGUCCAAUUGGAGGUGCUGACUAUGAUGCAAACUCGGCCCUCAGUUUUGACAUUGGUGGUCAAAGGGCUUACCGCGUUCAAAAGGACAAGUGUGGAGGUCCUUUAGAGAAAUAUUUCUCGUGCAUUUACAAACCACAAAACGAAAUCUCGGUUACUUUCACAGCAGAUGAAUCCCAUUAUGGACAGCUGCUGCAAGUUUUUUACUAUAAGGACAUGUAUUCUUUGUGGCUUGCAGAUACACCUGCAAUUUUCACCGAAACUAUUCAGGUACAGUUUACAUUUGUGUUGCGGAGUACAAUUAUUUAUGAAAUGGAAACAUGUAAUUUUAGUGCAUUUAUUGUUCUUUAUACGGCAGUUGAUGAUUCAAAAGAAAAUUUACGAGGUAUUUGUAAAUUGAACGCUGUCAAUAAAAUAGUGACUCGUUAUUAAUGCACAACUAUGUUUAAUUUGAACUGUAAGCCUAGUUGUAUGGUUUAUUAAUAUACAGUUCUUUAGAAAGCAAAAGCAAUGUGGCUAAUGUUAUCUUGAUAAUUUUUCGAGUGUUCGGAAUAUUGGCUUUUGACAAAUGUAUCUCCAUAUUUCUUUAUAUUCAGUAACUUGCUUAAUGCUAAAUAGGUCUUCAGACCAUGAGACAUAAACUAGUUGAUUAAACAACCUACAUUUGUGAAAAUGUCAAUGGAAUUAAAAGAACCCUCUCGCUAUAUUCAUAAUGUACCAACCAAUCUUCGCUUGGAUCCCCCAAUAUUCCUUACUGGCUCUAAUGUUCGGAUUGACUGUUCGACAGAUGGCUCGUUACCUCCAGCCCCAAUAAGCUUCAGUAUCGAAUGUCCUCUCCCACCAACAGCUGUUGUUGAACACGAUCGAGUCACUCAAGCUAAACAAAACUUAGCCUACGAAGUUUUUUAUGCAGCUUAUGGUUUUCGUUCCCCUCCAACACUAGCCGAGUUAGCUCCAUAUGUUGCACGAAAGAAUGCUGAUCAAAUUCUACGUCUUGGUCAUGUUUCAUCCAGUAAAGAUAAUUUAACUUUGACAGCUCGUCUAACCAUUAAUGAAAAAGCACACGACUGUCAUGUUGUUUGCCGUUUAGGUGGAAAAGAGACACGUCGUAUAUUGACAGUAUACUAUCCAACUACAAUAUCUUAUUUAUUGCCACGUCCUCGUGAAGGAUUUAUCUAUGUUGGGUCGGAGAUAACGUGCUAUGCAGACGGACACCCACCGCCUAUGUUGUCCCUCCGUCUUACACAACCAUUACGUCCACCCAACCCACUUACUGUUGAAGAAAUCGACGCUUUACGUCAGGGUGGUCGACUACCUCCUUUAAUUGAAGAUGACCCUAUAACUAGGGAAUUAACACUUACUAAUGCAGGACUAGAUAUAGUUCCACAGCAGAUCGUACCAUCUCCUCCUGGAACGGAGAGUAAGGAUAGCUCAUCUGUUGCGUCUUCUGGCACACUUCAUCAAGUCCCGGUGGGUCCCGAUAACAAGUGGCUAAAUGGAAACGGAAAAGAACCUUAUGAACGUGCUCACCGUGUUCCUGGGCUUGGUUUAUCCACCGUCGAGAGGCAUCGUCAACUAGGUCUCAGACCCGACGAAUAUAGUAUACAAGGAGCUACAUUUUAUUUAGCACCAAAUGCUACUCCAGGUGUUGAACUUCUUCUGAGUUGUACUGCUCGCAAUGUUCUUCCAGGCGAUACAACAUUCUUGGGACUGAAUGGAACAAUUACUCGUACUCGAUUUGUAGUGGCUGUUUUAUCACCAACUAGUUGGGCGGUAGCUCUUGGAAUAUGCUUUUGUGUACUACUCAUAUUAUUGAUUAUAUUCGGUGCCAUGCUAUUACAGAAAAGGCAUCAAAGUCAAGCGGCCAGGAAUUCAAGGAGCACAUCAAAUGGAGCUAAAAAACCAAAGAAUUAUUCCAAAGAAAUGAUUGCUAAAGUUCAACCACUGAAUGGUAGCCACCAACAAGAACAAUACGAGGAAGUAUUACGAAUUACUCAGUGUUGAACGUUCAUUGGUCGUUGACACUCUCCUUUUCCGCCCACCAUCUCUCUAUUUACCCUUUGUUUUUGUUUUCUUUUUCUCUACCUAAUUUGUCGCGUAUUAUUUUGUCACUUUUGUUUCUUCUCUCUUAAUUGUUGGUGUGUAUGUUCACUUUAUAACCUUAGGUUUCUUUAAAUAACUCAUUAGCAAAACUGUAGUGUUACUACUUAUUUAUUGAUUUAUCUAUAUGUAGUAGUAACUCUUUCAAAUUAAUAUUUAAUACUGUAGUUGUUCAAAACAAUUUAAAUGUCUGUGUGACACUAGUAUUUCCUUUUUUUACACAAUAAAUUCAAUCUAAUGUAAAAUAACAUAAAAAUGUGAAAAGUAUUAGGAUAAUUUACUUCAUAUAUUGUAUUUGUAUAUAAAAUUGUAGUUUACUUGGACGUUACUGUACUUUCAGCACAGGACAGUGCAUUAUAUUACAUCACAUUGUGAAUGUGAAUUUUUGUAUUCACUAAAAGUGGUAUAUUUUAUCAUUGUAAGAUAUAAAAAAAAUUGACUCAGGUAAUACUACAUUGUUCAGCACAUCAUAUUUAUAUAACAUUAGCAUAUAAGUGGAUGAAUGCUUGUACUUUUUGCCUACAUGAAGUCUCCGUUUGUUCCAGCGUCAACUUUCUCUUCCUGCAUCUUUUUCUAUUUGUAUAAGUUUGCCACAAAAAAUCUGUAAUCAUACUACCAUGUUGUUUUUCAUGGACAGUGAGAUUUUCCUCUCAUUUUUGUCUUCAUUACAUUUCCUUUUCUUGUUCUUCACAUUCUGUCAAUCUUUUCAGUUUGAUUUCUAAUGUUAAUACGAAAUGUUUUUUCAGAAAGAAUUUCUCACUUUCAAUAAUAUAUUCCCACUUCUACUGUUGUAUUUUUGUGGAUACAUAGAUAUGCAUUGUGAUAUCUUUUUUUAGUUGGUUUAUUCGGGGCGAGGGCAGUUCACAAUUUCUAAUGUAUGAUUAUCCAGUUUUGUUUAGUUGAAAAUUUAAAUUUGGUAGGUGGAUGAUGGAAACGGUUGCAUGUAUUUUUUUGGUUAACUAAUUGUUUGUUAUUGUUGUUAGUAUUGUCGGUUGCUGUAAUUCACUUGUUUGCUUAUUUGUACACAUUUUAUUUUAGACAAUUAUAAUUUUUCACCUGGUUAUUUGCAUGUUCCUUUGUUCUGUUUAGUUCAUUAAUUUAAGUUCUCUAAAGUAUUUGAUGUAGUAGUGGCAAUGAACAGGAUUAACAUACACACACACAUACAAAUAUUACUAGUCGUGAUAGUAGAAAAUUAAAAAUGCUUGUACAUCUCUGUUGUCAUAUAGGCUGAUUUCUUCAUCUUCCUUUAAUACACUUUGAUUGUUGUGCAUUUAUAGAGAUGAUGAGUAGUUUUGUGCUGUUCCGCCUUCACUGCAUUUGUAUAAAACGUGUGUUACUUGAAAAUGAUACCAGUUUAUUAGUUAGGUGUUCAGGGGGUUUAUUGUUCAACUGUCGAUGAUAAACAUCCUUUCUAUAAUUAAGUUUAAUUUGAUAAUUCUGAAAUAAAAAUUCAUUAUUGUUAGAAUUUUAUAAAACUAUAUUUUAUCAUCAGUUUGUCUGAUGUUGUCAUUAUAAAUUAACUCAACAUUUUGAAAGUGUUUAUUAUCUAUUAAAUUUACAUUUGUAACCACUCUUAGUAUUAUUACACUUCCGAUUUCCUCUAGGAUUGCGGUUGCAUCAUUAUGUUUCCUAUUAUAUCACUAUGUCAAUUAUUCAUUAGAUUAUAAUUCCCAAUUACUAUUCCUAAUCAAACCUUGUAACCUAUUAAUUACGACUAAGUUUAUUUUUUGAGAAAAUUGAAAAUCGAAAAGUACUUAUUAUUUUAUUUCAACUUAUUGACUCAACUGUAAAAACAAUGACUUCGUGUCCCUGAUUUACUCUAAUGUACAUCUUCAGUUAGGAAGUUUGUCACUGAAGAAGUAACAUUGGCUCUUAAAUCAUUGUACCUUUCUUGAUGAAUCAUGUGUAGCAAUAAAAAAAUUAGUAUUUUAAUUUGGUUAAUCUGUAAAAUUUACUGGAAAAAAUUAAUAUGUACAAAUUUUCUUUAAAAGUAAUGAUCAUCAUGUCAAUUUGUACAAAAAAAAGUCUGUAUGAAACCAUGGAAAUGAAUUCCGAUAAUCCUAUUCUCAACACCAUGUGAAAAGCGGACAAUUAAUAGAGAUGAGAGUAAAAGAAAUAUCUCAUCGAUAAUAUAAAAUAAAUAUUGUGUUAUAUUGCAAAUUGAUUCUUAUCAAUCUGACAGUUUUUAAUUUUCAUACUCAUUUAUGAAAAACUUAAAAGUUUAGCUUCGUAUCACUUGGAUUAGGCGCGCAUUGUUGUUGUCAAAUUUCAAAGUAGAACAAAAAGAUGUUCGGUGCUUUAUUUUUCUUAUGGAUGUUAAUUAUUACUUUAAAAAAAGGAAUUGUCUAUUUAGUCUUUUUUAUUUUAAUUCACUUUAAAUUCAUAAAGUGAAUAAAUACAAAGAAGAAAAUAUUGAUGUUUGUGAAAUAACUACAUAUUACCAGUUGUAUUACCAAUGAAAAGUAUAAUAAAAAUGGGUCAGUGUAUGACAUGCUGUCGUGGCAUGAAAGAAAGCUGC